GAUAUGUGGCGUGGGGAGGCAAGCGUGGUGGCGGGAACGGAAGUAUUUCGCGGGAGACGAGGCAGGACGGGUUGCGCGGCGUCUCUCUUCUCAUCUUGCCCUUAUUUCUGCGUCCCGGCGACACCUACACCUGCAAAAAAUGGUAAAGGAGGAGUAUGACGCCGAUAUGGGAGAUGGCCACUCUGGGCACGGGAGCAGAGGCGGCCGCGGGGACCACUCUGAACACUCAGAGCCGGAGCAGAUGCGCAAGCUGUUCAUCGGAGGCUUGGACUACCGCACCACCGACGACAGCCUCAAGGCAUACUUUGAGCAGUAUGGCGAGAUUGUUGACGUGGUGGUGAUGAAGGACCCCAAGACUAAGAGGUCCCGUGGCUUUGGCUUUGUGGCGUUCUCCCAGGCCUACAUGGUGGACGAGGCACAGAAGAACAGGCCCCACAAGAUUGACGGCCGCUCGGUGGACACAAAACGUGCCGUGCCUAGGGACGAGAUUGGCAAACCCGAGGCUGGCGUGACAGUGAAGAAACUGUUCGUUGGCGGCAUUAAGGAUGAUGUGGAUGAGGAUGACCUGCGCGAAACCUUCAGUUCCUUCGGUAACGUUGUGUCAGUCAGCAUCCCCACAGAGAAGGAGUCCCAAAAGAAGAGAGGCUUUGCUUUUGUGGAGUUUGAGGACUACGACGCCGUGGACAAGGCUUGCUCAGUGCACAAGAACAUCCAGCUGAAGGGCAAGAGGGUGGACGUGAAGAAGGCCCUCAGCAAGAACGAGAUCCAGAUGCAGCAGAGGAACCGGAUGGGCGGCAUGGGAGGCAUGGGGCGCGGCGGCGGCAAUGGACCCUGGGCCGGCAACCGCAACGACAGCUGGGGCAACAACCAGGGCGGGGGCUGGCAAGGUAGGCCAGACAACCGUGGCGGGUGGGGCAACCAAGGGAACUACGGAACGCCAAACCAGGGUGGCCCCGGCGGCUACGGCAACCAGGGUGGGUAUGGCAACCAGGGCCCGUGGCAGGGCGGCCCCCCCAACAACCAGGGGUGGAACAACCAGACCAACCAGGGAUGGAACCCACAAGCCAACAACUAUGGUGGCACCCCAAACAGCUGGGGCCAGGGACCUAAUGAUUUUGGCAACAACUACGGCCAGAGCUAUGGUGGCGGCCCGAUGAGGAACCAGGGCUAUGGACAGACGAACCGGUCCACCCCAUACAAUGCUGGUGGCUACAACAACCCCGGCAACAGCGGCCCCAACAGCUACGGUGGCGGCGGCGGCGGGAGCGGUGGCGCUGUCAACAUGAACCAAGGGCCAAACCGUCGCUAUUAGAGUAGCCUUGGGGGGUGGGGGCGUCCCGUGGGUACAUAGCAGUUUAGCCAUGAGGCAGGCAGGCAGAGGCAGGGCUUGAGUCAGGGCCCAGGCAGUCAGGAUAAAGCUAGGAGUGGGGCAGGCGAGCUGAGCUAUAGGGUGGUAGACAGCCAGGCUCCUCAACACCCUGGAGCCUUGCAAGACACAUUCCAUUCGACGCUUGGACUAGCACCCACUGGCCUCUGUAGGGGAGAAUAAGUUUUUUUCCUAAUUUUUUUUUUACACUUUUUUUUUAUAUUUGUGCUUGCAUUUUAUAUACUUAGGAUAAUGUGUAGUAUAAUAAUAAUAAUAAAAAAGAAAAAAAAACAUUACUAUCAUAUAUUGAAAUAACCAAAGCAUAGUCAGCUCUUUGUAUUAUGUGUGCAGAAUUGUAACUUUCAUUUUACAAAUAAAUUAAUCCUAAGA